AAAACAUAAAGUAAAAACUAUCCAAGCAAUAAAAACAAAAAAAGCUCCUAGGGUUUAAUCAGUUGCCACUGCUUGAACAUAGAAGCGUAACUCUCCCAAGGUAAGAAAUUCGAACUUAUGAUUUCCCGUAACUCGAAUUGGUAUUGUGAUGGUAUUAGUCGCCAAGAUCUGUAAAAGGGUAUUUCAAAUGAUACUUCAAUCUAAUCACCUGCACUAUCUUGCUUUUGAAAAACUAAAUCUUAGUUCACAGCCCCUUGUUAAAGCUCGAUUGUUUUGCACUGCUAGAUCAGUUUCUCAUUCGAGUAACCAAUUCUCUCGUGCCGCUAGAACCGAGGCUCAGGAUGUUCUCUUUGAGUACUUGCAUUCCACUAGGAGUUUGAAUUUCACUGAUGCUGAGCAUAUCAGCAGGAAUUCUCCUCAUUUCAUUCUAAAUUUGCUAUCUAACAUUCAUAAUGACAAAGAUGUUGUACGGUGCUUAGGUAAGUUUCUUAGGUAUAAUCCAAUCAAUGAGUUUGAACCCUUUUUUGAGAGCAUAGGUUUGCCCCUAUCCGACGUUUCUUCACUUCUUCCACAGCACUUGUUUUUCUUGACUGAUGACCAUGUCUUGCUUCACAAUUUUCAUAUUUUAUGCGAUUACGGGAUUCCUCGUAUUAAGAUGGGCAAGAUUUAUAAGGAAGCUAAGGAGGUUUUUGGUUAUGGGUCUGGAUUGUUGGCUUCCAAACUGCAGGCUUACGAAAACUUGGGUCUAAGUAAAACUACUGUGGUUAAGCUUGUUUGUUGCUGCCCGUCUCUAUUGGUUGGGUGUGUUGACAAUGAGUUUGCUCGUUUCAUUGAUAAGUUGAAGAGAUUGGGAAUAGAGAGUGAUCGAAUUGGUGCCUACAUGUUUUCUAAGGAAUCUUAUAACUGGAACAGAGUCUUGGACACUAUGGAUUUUCUUCAUAAAAUAGGUUAUAGUGAGGAACAGCUGCAUAACUUGUUUGAAACUAAUCCUCUACUCGUCAUUCAAGGCUCUGGGAAGAGGGUCUAUGUAUUGUUUGGUCGAAUGCUCAAAUUAGGCAUAGAGAUGAGUCAAGUUUACACAUUGUUUAUAUCAAAUCCACAAAUUCUGUCACCCAAGUGUGAGAAAAAUCUCCUGCAGGCGCUGGAUUUUUUGCUCUACAUUGGAUUGGGAAAACAAGAUAUUGCCAACAUAAUAUGUAACCAUAUGGAACUCUUGUGUUCAUGUACUAUGAAAGGACCAAAAACGGUUUGUAAAGAGUUGGAUAUUAAAAAAGAGAGUUUAUGCCAAACUAUAAGGCAAGACCCAAUUAAGUUCUUCACCCUGGCUUGUAAGUCGAAUGUCAAAACCAGCAAACAGAUAGUGUCUGAGGAUCAAAGUAAGAAACUGGAAAAGGUGUCAUUCUUAUUGAGGUUGGGAUAUGUAGAAAACUCCGAUGAAAUGAUGAAGGCGUUAAAAAAGUUCCGAGGUAGAGGGGAUCAAUUACAAGAGAGGUAUGAUUGCUUAGUACAAGCUGGGUUGGACUGCAAUGCUGUGUCAAGCUUGAUUAAGCAUGCUCCGAUGGUGCUUAACCAGAGCAAAGAUGUUAUUGAGAAGAAGAUAGAUUGUUUGACAAGGUGUUUAGAGUAUCCACUUAUGUCAAUUGUGGCAUUCCCAGCAUAUUUAUGUUAUGAUAUGCAAAGGAUUACUCUUAGAUUUAAAAUGUAUGUGUGGCUGAGAGACAGGGGUGCAGCAAAACCAAUGUUAUCAUUGAGCACCAUCCUUGCAUGUUCAGAUGCUCGAUUUUCAAAGUAUUUUGUUGAUAUCCAUCCUGAAGGUCCGGCAGUGUGGACGAAUUUGAGGAAUGUAUCAUCAUCAAGCUAAGCUAAGUUUUUGUCCUAAUUGUCUGUGUAUUCUUUAGUUGUUAAUAAACCUGAUGCCAUUGAUCUUGCUAAGCAUUUUUUGGUAGGUUUAUAUCCUAUGAACGAUCGACCUCCUCAUUUUCAUAAGUGACCAACAGGUGUUAGGCA